AAAAAAUACACAAAAGCUUUAUCCAAUUAACAUGAAUCAAUUCUUAAUCAAUUCAUUCAAAUCUAAAUCCAAUUCAUUCUUGAAUCUUAAACCGAUCUUAAUCUCAAAUACUAGAAAUUAUCAUUCAAAAGUUAUAGAUCAUUAUGAAAACCCUCGAAAUGCUGGUUCAUUUGCUAAAUCUGAAUUAGGUGUAGGUACUGGUUUAGUAGGUGCACCAGCUUGUGGUGAUGUAAUGAAACUACAAAUCAAAGUUAAUGAUCAAGGGAUCAUUUCAGAUGUAAGAUUCAAAACGUUUGGUUGUGGUUCGGCUAUUGCUAGUUCUUCUUAUAUGACUGAAAGAGUUAAAGGAAUGACAUUGAAAGAAGCAGGAUCGAUUCGGAACACUGAGAUCGCUAAAGAAUUAUCACUUCCACCUGUUAAAUUACAUUGUUCUAUGUUGGCUGAAGAUGCUAUUAAAGCAGCUAUAAGAGAUUACCAAGAAAAGUUAAACCAAUCUGGUAAUCCUAAAAACCAAUCAGGUCAUAUUGAUGUUUCUCAAAGUGUCGUGACUGGUCAAACUGUGGCUACUGCUCAUCCGGUUUCGAAAUAAAUCAGUUUUGUGAAACCUAUCCUUCCAGUUCGAUUUACGUUCCAAUUUUCUUUUUUUUUGUUUGAGUUUGAGUUUCUUAAGUGAAUCGUUCUUAUAGGGGGGUUUUUUGUUACGAAAAAAAAUGUUUUAAUGUAAAAUUAAUUCUUUGAAUUUGGUUUUAUAAGAAAUUCUUUUUACUGAUACAUCUUUAUCUUUUAUCAUCAUCAUCUUUUAUCAAUUUUCAAUUUUUUUUACAUUUGAUUGUUUGUUUUGUUUGAUUUUUUUAUGUUAAUUUUCUUUUUGUUUACCAAAAAUCCAUACACAUGUGAAAAUAAGUUGAUUCUCUUUUUAUCUUUUGUUUUAUUACAAAAAAAAUAGAAGUUUGGUCGGACUCGAUCAAGAUUGGAUUUGUCUUAUACUAAAUUUGAUUUGAUUCAUAUAAAGUUU